GCCGCUUGUGUAAUAUUUGGUGUACUCGCUUCAAAAUCAAGGGCAGUUCGGAGUGGUAUUCCCGUAAAUAAGCAAGUUUUACAGCUGAAAGGCUCUCGUUUCGUGUGCUGUGCAAUCUCGCUCGAAGAAAGUUGCCAAACUGAGGAUGUACCCACGGAUCAAAUAUACCAGGGAUCCCACACUGGCUAUCCGACCGAACCUGGUCAUAGCGGUUUUCGUAUUGGAAAUACUGUCAGCCAGUACGGAGGCGUCACGAUCGACAUCAAGACUGCGAGGCGCUUUCCGGGCGUUCAGGAAGUCACCAAACCAUCAACUGCAGACUUUGUUGUCAAACGUGAGGAAACUAUCCUUCUCCAGAUCAAAAAGUUUCCCCGAGAUUGAGCCUUACGUUAAUGACGGCCACCCUUAUCCGUUGCCCCCGUUCGAUUGGGAUGACAUUGAGAAGAUUCCUGUCAGCGGAGGGGAUGUGAUCGUUUGUCAGGACAAGAAGUACCUAGAAACUACAAGGACUUACUGGUUCAUGGCUAUCAACGGAUACGAACUUUUCUAUGUGCAUCCGACAAAAGAAUUUCCAAGUACAAAUAUUGGGUUGAUUGGGGCAGAAAGAAAAGUUGGAAUCGGAGAGAGGCACAAGAGAAUCAAUGCCAACAAAUGUAGAAAUCUUCGAGAUGCAGGUUACGAGCGGGCCAAGGUAGUGACAAAAGCGAUGAAUUGGAACGAAAAGCUGGUUUUCUACGACGCAGACUCCUGUUCGAGCUACCAUUGGGUCAUGUACUGGGUCACUGGGGUACCACCCCGUCCUCGAAAAUCUUCCCUCGCGGGCUUCGAUUCGCCUCUCCAUCCCUGGUGCCGUCUAAGAACGGUCUUGAGAGAUCCCAGGAGCCACAGGUGUUAUUAUUACCAGCAGAAGGAAUACUUCAACGUUAUAUGGACCGUAACUGGCCGCAAAUUUGAAUGGACAGAGGAAACUCCCUCACCGUAAAGGAGCCGAACAUAAAGAAGGAAUUUUGGAAGGAAAACUCCAUUGCCUCAUGGGUCAUGUGCCCAAAGGAACAGGGACCUUGCUCCACGAAAGCUCAAAAUUGACUUAACUGCUGGAUAGAGAUCCCGUAACGACAUCGCCCAUUUUCCGACAGAAAUCGAAAAUGCGAAAGUUUUUUGGGAGCAGAAAUUUGUUUUUCUUUUUUUUUUAAAUAAAAUAUAGAAACUUGUAAAAAUUCA